GGGGAGAGUGGACAGAAGAUAAAAGGGAGACCAGGGCCAGCUGGGCAUUGCGAGCACCCCGGGAGCCAAGGUCUGGCCAGAGGACAGCAGUGAGGAAAGAGCGGGCUGGGGGUCUGGGAUGGGGCUGCUGGUGCUGGCCCUGGCCACCUGGCUGGGGCUGGCCUCAGCCUCUGAGGGGGCAGCCAACAGCAGCUGGAUCUGCCAGGAGGCACCAGCCUGGAGCGUCAAUGGCUUGAGCCCCAUGGCGGGGGCGGCCGGGCAGGUGACGGUGGUGGCCUUGCUGAAGGCCAGCUGACAUUUCUGCCUGCAGCAGGCCCACAGCCUCGGGGGCCUGCGGGAGAGGCUGGCCCGGCAGGGCGCGGUCGAUGUCCGCUACAUGAUCGUCAAUGAGAAGGCACCGCUCUCCCGCGCCAUGUUUGGGGAGCUGCAGCGCCAGGCCCCGCCCGGUGUCCCCGUCUUCCAGCCCGACCCAGAGGAGCCCGAUGUCUGGCAGGUCCUGGGAGGUGACAAGGAUGACUUCCUUGUCUAUGAUCGGUGUGGCCGCCUGGCUUUCCACAUCCAGCUGCCCUACAGCUUCCUCCACUUCCCCUAUGUGGAGUCAGCCAUCCGCUUCACCCACAGCAAGGACUUCUGUGGCAACUGCUCCUUCUACUCCAACACCACUCAGGAGGCUAACAGCACCAUGGAGGUCCCUGUAACCCUGACCCCACUUCCAGAACAAGAGGGGAAGGAGUCAGAGACCCCCAUCCACCAGCACAACCCCCUCCAUCCUCACCACCACCACGAAAUCAGCAGCAAAAGAGCCACAGACCUGAGUGGGGACAACAAACCUGUCACCCAUGCUCAACACCACCACCACCAUGGAGACCAUGGCCAGCCGCAUCCCAAGGGGCAGAAGCAGGAGGGAAAUGAACACUAAGCCGGGCUGGGCAGCCUUGCAGAAGAACCCUGUAGUGUGUAGACCAUGCCAACUCGCUUCCCAGAGGCAUGAAAGGACUUGCUUUGGCCUCCUGGUCACCAGCAGCAUUGGUCUAAUAACCCCUUCCAGCAUCCCUCAUAUGGGUUGUACUCCCACACUGUGACCAGGACUGAAAUGCCCCCCCAGAGCCCCUCGAGGCGCUGCUUUUUCAGCCCCAGGGCUUAGUUCUGAGCCUUCCUCUGCCGUCACCCACCUCUCCGUGCUCAAUGAAGCCCGCUGUGCAAACCGGGAGGUCCCCGGUCGCUGCUGGCUGACACUGCACGGAGCAGCAGGGCGGGGGUGGAGGGGCCAGAACUGGGACAGGAGCAGCGCUGCCAGCAGGCUCUGCCAGUCCUGGCACCCCCGGGUGUCUUGGCUGGGGAGCAAGGGGAGGAACAGCAUGUGCCCCGCAGGAUGCGAUCCCAGGGGACAGGGGCACUAGGAGUGGUAAAAGGUCACAACUCCCAAUGGUCCAAACCUCCAUAGCUGUCACAUCCUGGCGACCUUCCAGGCCUUGCACACAGGUAUGUGCAGUGGUGAUGAGUGGCCGCAAGAUGGUGGCCUUGUCCCCUCUUGGAGAUCUAGGGGCUGUAACCAGGGUCCACAGCCCUGGAAGGAUGGGGAUGAGGAUCCUGGGGUCACUUCUGGGGAAGAAGCAAGAACGGAGAGUGAUGCGGAUGUCCAGAGUACAAAUAAAACCUCUGUGAAGCGAA